AUGAACUGCUCCAUUGAAAGGCGAAAAUAGAAGAAGGUAAUUUUUGACGACUGUUACGCACAAAGUGUUACUGCUGCUAGAUACUAUAUACUAACAGGAGAAUUUGAUUUCCGGAAAAGGAAGUAUUUGGGUAAUAACCCACGGUGAUCUAAUGUUCGGUGAAUGCUGACCCGACCCACACUUUCUCAGUGGGCGUGCUACUCGAAGCGUGACACUUCCAGGGGAUUGGAUACAGGACGAUGGCUGACAAGCACCUGCUGUAGAAGAGUCAUGGCGUACAGGAGGUGAUCGCAGACAUGUCAAGGUCGCUUCCUGUCUUGAUUGUGGCCUUCACCUUGGUCUUCCUGACCUUGGUAAGGUCACAGGCGUGCCCAACAAAUUGCAAGUGUGACCAUACUGGAGAUGGAUGGAAGGCUGUUUGCCGUGGUGGAAUCUUGCAAACCAUUAUGAGAGGCCUGAGUGUGGACUUCAAAUCUCUUGCGGUGUCAUCCAGUAAUAUCCGCACAUUGCAAGCGUCUGACCUUCUGGCCGAUGUGGAGGUACCCCUGACCAAUUUGUCCAUCACUAAUUGCAGGUUGCAAAACAUCCAAGAUGGCAGUUUCCAGAACCUAACAAAUCUGUCGGCUUUGGAUAUUAGCUCUAAUUACAUUGCCACAAUCAGGAAAGGUGCAUUCAAUGGUCUUGCAGGUCUCCAAGUCCUCAACCUCUCACACAAUAAUAUUGCAAAUGUAGCAAGUGCUCUACAAUCAUUACACAAUUUAAAAAUACUAGACCUAAGCUACAAUGCUAUAAGUGACCUUCACACUGGUGCCUUCAGUUCCCAAGAACAACUAGUCUACCUUCGUCUUGAUGGUAAUAGGCUUCAGAGCCUGCGUGGCUACGUGUUUCAAGGACUUCAGAACCUUCAGCAUCUAAGCCUGCGACACUGUUUGUUGAUCAAUAUCGCUAGUGAUAUGUUCAGCAUUGUGAGGAGCAUACGCGUCCUUAACCUUGGCCAAAACCAGAUCCAAGAGCUCCCUGCAUCAGAGGAGUUCCGGAACCUGCCCUCGCUGCAGCACCUGUACCUGGACAGCAAUCAGAUCACCACCCUCACAGACUCACAAUUCUCAGGAAUAACACUAGACACCUUGCAGCUGUCACGCAACCAGAUCACCAAGGUUACCUUGGAGACCUUUAAAUACUUCAACGCCGUGUCAUUGACCUCUCCUAUAAUAUGCUUGUUGAGAUUCAGAACAACUUCUUACGACCAACUGCUCCACAGUUGGAACUGUUAAAUAUGGCAGGAAAUCCACUCCGAACUCUUCCCAAAUUUGCCUUUGAGGGAUUGUACAGACUGAAGAGUCUUAAUCUGUCAAACUGUCAGUUGGAGAGGAUUGAAAAGAAUCAGUUUGACAAUUUACAAAAUCUUAAUGAG